AUGGUACAGAUGGACACCAGCAAGUCGGGCUUCGUGGGCACCCAGGUGGAACUGCGCUGCAUUUUCAUUAACAGCAACCCACCGGUCAAGAUCUCGCAAGUCACCUGGCAGAAAGUUGUGAACGGCACCAAGCACAACGUGGCCAUUGCAAACCCCGCCCUGGGAGUGUCUGUCUUGCCGCCGUUUAAGGAGCGUGUGAGUUUCAAACAGGCCGCCGUACGCCACCGGACCCCCUCGCUGGAAGACACCACCAUCGUGUUCUCCAACCUGCAGCUGUCCGACGAGGCGGCCUACAUCUGCGAGUACACCACCUUCCCUGCGGGCAACCGGGAGAACACAGUCAACCUGACCGUCUUUGCACGGCCACUGACCCGCAUGACCCUCACCUCGCCCACCAUUGUAGCUCGGGCACAAAAACGCAAGACCACUGUGGCCACCUGUGUAUCAGCCAAUGGCAAGCCUCCAAGCAUCAUCAGAUGGGACACCCGGCUGAAGGGGGAAGCCACGUUCCAGGAGUCCAGAAACCAGAACGGCACGGUGACGGUCAGGAGUAACUACAUGGUGAUCCCGAGCCGCGAGACCCACAAGCAGAAACUCACCUGCAUCGUGACGUACCGCAGCGAGAAGAUCACCGACAGCGUGGUACUCAACGUGCAAUAUGAGCCUGAGGUGAAGAUUGAGGGCUUCGAUGGGAAUUGGUACCUGAACCGUCAGAACGUGCAGCUGACCUGCAGAGCCGACGCCAACCCUCCUGUCACCAUCUACCAGUGGAAGCUUUUAAACGGAUCCAUGUCCAACAAUGUGGAAAUCAAAAACAACACCCUGUUCUUCAAGGGCCCCGUGAGUUAUGACUUGGCCGGAACGUACGUGUGUGAUGCCACAAACGGCAUUGGGACUCGCACCGGCAUCGUGGACGUCAACAUCACAGAGUACCCUAACAACCCGCCAUUCGAUGAUCCAGACCCCCGCUCUGACCCGCACAACCCCGGGGCGGCCAUCGGGGGUGCUGUGGGGGGAGUGGUCCUGUUGGGCGUAGCUGCAGUUCUGCUCUUCGUCUUCCUUCGCCGGCGCCAGAGAACCUUCAAGGGCGACUACAGCACCAAAAAGCACGUCUUCGGUAACGGCUACUCCAAGGCAGGUGGGUUGCCGGCACACCCCCCCAUGCCCAAGAACCUGCAGUAUCCCGACGACUCCGACGACGAGAAAAAGUCGGCACAGAUUGGCGUCACCGGGAGCGACUUUGAUGCGGACGGCGAGGACUUGAAGAGGCCCUAUUUCACGGUGGACGAAGGCGAGUCGCGGGAUUACGACGAGCGGACUCUUGCCUUCCAGUACGACCCGGAACCAGAGCUAGCCGACGACAUGAUUUCUCAAACCGACGGCUCGGUUAUCUCUAAGAAAGAGUGGUACGUGUAG